AUGAAGGUACUUCCAAUUUCUCUGUGUAAUAACCAUUGCUCCCCUGGAUACUGGAAAAAGGAGAUUGAAGGAAAACAAUUCUGUUGCUAUGACUGUGUUCCAUGUCCAGAAGGGAAGAUUUCAAAUCAAAAGGAUAUGGAUGACUGUUUUGAAUGUUCAGAAGAUCAUUAUCCAAAUGAAGAAAAGAAUGGAUGUAUCCUGAAACUGGUGAUGUUUCUAACAUUUGAAGAAACCUUAGGAAUUGGUUUAGUCUCAGCAGCUCUUUGUUUCUUCUUCUUGACAUCUUGGGUACUUGGAACUUUUAUUAAGCACAGGGAUACUCCUAUUGUCAAAGCCAACAACCGGUCCCUCACUUACACCCUCCUGGUCUCUCUUCUCCUCUGUUUUCUCUCCUCUUUCUUCUUCCUCAGCCAACCUGGCAAUGUGACUUGCCUUCUCCGACAACCAACUUUUGGCAUCACCUUCUCAGUGGCCAUUUCUAGUGUUCUGGCUAAAACUAUCACCGUGGUUGUUGCUUUCAUGGCCACUAAACCAGGUUCUCAGAUGAGGAAGUGGGUAGGGAAAAGAUUGGCUUUUUCUAUCGUCCUCUCGUGUUCUCUGUUACAAGCAUGCAUUAGUAUUCUUUGGUUGUCAACAUCUCCCCCAUUCCCUGAGUUGGACAUGCAUUCAGAGCUCCAGGAAAUGAUUUUACAGUGCAAUGAAGGGUCAGCUUUCUUCUUCUACUGUGUCUUGGGCUUCAUGGGUAUCUUGGCCGUCGCCAGCUUUAUUGUGGCUUUCCUUGCUCGUAAAUUACCUGACAGCUUUAAUGAAGCCAAAUUCAUCACUUUCAGCAUGUUGGCCUUUUGCAGUGUGUGGAUCUCCUUCUUUCCAGCGUAUCUGAGCACAAAGGGAAAAGCCAUGAUAGCUGUGGAGGUUUUCUCCAUCUUGGCCUCCAGUGCUGCAUUACUGGGAUGCAUAUUCCUGCCAAAAUGCUACACCAUUAUUUUGCGACCUGACCUCAACCACAGGGAGCAACUCACAAAGAGAAAUUAA